CUUGACGCGGCGUCUUUUUUUUUUUCUAUUCAUACAACUGCCUAUGAGAUUGCUUUAUGAGGUGAUCCUCCUACAAGAGCUGAAAGAUGGCCGAACAACAGCAAGAGGGCCAUUCGCUCUCAUCCAUGUUCCCUAAUCCGCCUCCCUUUUGGCAAGACUUUACGACAGAUAAGAUUUCUCGGAUUCAAGAACUAAGGAAUUCAUACAUCGCGGAGCAUGGUGGCGAUCCUUUGACAGUCCGCGUGCCUGAUGUUCCCGGAGAUCUCGUCAAUCUGCAACCUCCGGCCGAGCCAGCUGAUGGACGCUGGCGUGUAUUUGGCGAUCAGUACAUGCUGGACGACAAGCUUCCAACUCUCGAAGACCAGGGGAUUACCAAUCUUCCUUCAUCAUCACAGUCCGAGUCCAAGGAUGCUAAGCGCUUUGAUCGCGCCUUUGAGCUCAAACGGCUAGCUAAAUCGCUUCUAUUGAACUUUCUCGAGCUCUCUGGAACAUUAUCGCAUAACCCAUCGCAUGCCGAAGCAAAAGUGCAAGACUUGCGCACACUCUUCAUCAACUUUCAUCACAUCCUCAACGAGUACCGGCCACAUCAAGCACGCGAAUCAGUCAUUGCGCUCAUGCAAGAGCACCUAGACCGCACGCGGGCUGAGACCAUGGCCAUACGGAUACAGGUGGACAAGGCACGCCGCGUACUCGAUGGCUUGGGCAGCCUAAGCGUACCCGAUGUGCCCAAGGCUUUAGGACAGAACACCGAGGAGGAAGAUUUGGAGGCGUUGGCGAAACAAAGAGAAGCAGACGUGUGGGCGGCCACAGAUGCCUUAUUUACUUAAGGGCGGGUAUUGGAACAGGCAUGACAUAUUGUCCACAUCGCCAGAUUAUCAUCAAGGGAGUUGCAAAGAUCAACUUCCCAACAAACGAAACAGUCAUCCCACAUUGGGCAGCUAUUUGUCAUAUCGUCUC